AUGGCGGACAAGACCAUCAACAAAUCCGAGAUCGAGGACGUUCCUGUCGGUCAAGAGAUGCAGGAGGUCACCAGCCUCAGUAUCAAGGGCGAGGCCCAAGAGAUAGAUCGCGCUCUUGAGAAGAAAGUCCUUCUGAAGACCGAUCUCAAUCUUGUUCCCAUCCUCUUCCUCCUCUUCCUCUGCGCCUUUAUUGACCGGAUCAACAUCGGCAAUGCCCGCAUCCAAGGCUUGGAGGAAGACCUCAACAUGGCGGGUCAAGACUACAACAUCGCGUUGUUCAUGUUCUUUAUCCUGUAUAUUCUCUUGGAAGUCCCCUGCAACCUCAUCUUGAAGAGAGUGCGCCCGUCCAUCUUCAUCUCGUCCAUAAUGCUUGGCUGGGGAAUCGUCACAAUCUGCCAGGGUGUUACUCAGUCCUUUGCCGGCCUUGUCGUCUGUCGAGUCGUCAUCGGCGCGUUGGAGGCUGGUUUCUUCCCUGGGUGCCUCUACUUGAUCUCAAUGUUUUACAAGCGUCACGAACUCCAAUGGAGGUUCAACCUUUUCUUUUCUGCCUCCAUUGUUGCGGGGGCUUUCAGUGGCCUUCUUGCGUACGCAAUUGCUCACAUGGAUGGCAUCGCAGGAUACAGCGGUUGGAGAUGGAUCUUCAUCUUAGAAGGCCUCUUCACUGUGAUUGUAGCCGUUUUUUCAUUCUGGAUCGUCCCAGACUGGCCGGAGACUGCCAAAUUCCUGAAGCCUGCCGAGCGGGAAGUCCUCAUUCGUCGGCUGGCGAUGGAUGUUGAAGGUGCCAAUAUGAGCCACUGGAAUAAGAAAACAGCCAAGCGCGUCUUCAGCGACGUCAAGAUAUACCUGGGCAUUGCAAUGUAUCUCGGUAUUGUCACCACCAGCUACAGUGGCGCCUUCUUUACUCCUACCAUCCUCAAACAACUCGGAUGGACCUCGAUUCAUGCGCAGGUCAUGUCUAUUCCUAUCUUCAUCUUUGCCGCCUUUUGUGCUUUGACAUGUGCCGUCGUAAGCGACAAGCUUCGCCAUCGCUUUGGAUUCAUCCUAGCCGGCUGUCUUGUGGCAACCAUUGGCUACGCAAUCUUGUUGAACAUGCACCACGUGAGUGUCGGAGUCAGGUAUUUCGCCUUGUACCUUAUCGUCGGGGGUGGAUAUAUUGCUCAGCCAAUUACUCUUGUGUGGCUGAAUAACAACGUGUCUGGUCACUACAAGCGUAGUGUCAGUGCUGCAAUGAUGGUCGGGUUUGGCAACUGCGGCGGCAUCAUUGCAUCUAAUAUGUUCUUAACAAGUCAGGCUCCGGAAUACCCGCUCGGAUACAGUUUAGGAUUGGGACUGGUCUGGCUAUGCGUCCUUAGCUCGGUCAUCUUCCUCUUCUAUAUCAGGCGAGAGAACAGAUUGAGAGACCAAGGUCGGCGGGAUGACAGGUAUAAUUUGCCGGACGACGAAAAGAAUAACCUCGGGGACGACCAUCCAGGUUUCCGCUUUACUUAUUGA